UCACACAGCGACCAGUUGCUUUGAGUGGUGCACGAAUCCUCGGUAGCAAAAUGUUGAUUGGUACUGUGUUCCUUAUGUUGUUCCUUACUUGUGUUAAAACCGCUCCAGAACCUCGACAGACCAAAGUGACUCUCAUCCGUGACAGCUUACUUGGCUACAACUUCGAUGCAGGAAACAAAAAGGCAUCGGGUACACUUGACGGGACUCGAACCAUCGACAUCGAUUUACCUGACGAAGCUGCGGAUAAAGCACCAGAGCUAACUCUACUGGAGAACGUGAACUCCGGCGCAGGGAUUGCUUUAGGAGCCAACGUCGAUUUAGACGCCAUUAUUGCUGCCAAGGACAAGUUUCUAGCCGGGAAGUUUACAUUCUGGAGAAAGAGAUAGAUAUAUAUA